GAUCCCAAUGAUUAAAUUUCCUUAAGCAUGUUUUCGCCAAUAAUCUAUAUGUAAUCCAAUCGUGCAUAAUGUAUGACUUGAUUUACACUUCAACAGCGGAGCCACAUAAAAGAGCAACGGCCGGGAGGGCACAAUACCGCCAUUCUUGUUCGCACAAGUGUUGUGUCUGCUGCAGAAGAUCCGGUUUUGCAAACGUUCAAAACCAAGGAUCGAAACGCUCGCUCGACUCGUCAGCCAGACCUCUCUCCUCUGCCACAGGCCUCCACUGUCUCUCAUUCAUGUCUUGAAAACUCUUCAUCUUUGCAUUCUGACUAGUCUUGCGUGUUUUAUUGCUCUCCCCGUUCGCUGAAAGCAGGGAAAAGAUAAAUAGUCGUCAUUGGACCAUGCCAGCCCACAGCCAAUAUGGCGAAGCUCCUCCUGUGAUUUUACCGAGACGUCGCCAAGCCAUUACCGGUAUGGUGCACACAGGACAACGGGGCCGACCGGCCGGGCAAGCCAUCGUUACAGAGGUGGAAGACGCCAUCGACAUCUACUACAAAAAUUCCGCGCCCGUUGGUGACGUCAUAAGGCAACACAAGAGCUACAAGAGACUGCAGGCCACCACCACCAGGUUCAGCAGGUCACGGCCUGUCAUUCCGCCCCUGCUUGAACUCCAGUUAAUACAAUUAGGAAACAAGCUUAACGUAGCCGAGGCUGAGGUAGCCCGCCUUCGCUUUCGCCGAGCUAUCGCUGUCACGGCAGCCCUUGAGCCCCCGUCAGCGUCCCCCCCUCGGGCUUUCCUGGCGACGACCGACGCCGAGGGCAACAGCGUGGUGGACCGCGUGACGUCAUCGGCGCCGACCGUGACCCGCGCCCGCUGCUGCAAUUGCCCGGAAGUUGCAGUGCCGGAUGCGGUGGUGGACCAGCUGGUGCGCGCCAUGAGGAAGGUCGUCCUCGACAUCCUCGAGGACAACGUCACGUCCUCGCUGCUCAGAACCCGCGUAUCUCGCCAGAGGAUGAUCGUAACGCGGGACGACCGACCGCGAUCCUCCUCCUCCUCCUCUUCUUCAUCGUCUUCUUCCUCCUCUUCGUCGACGUCGAACGCUUCCAACUCGCCUCUGCCGCCCGGCCUCCCUGGCCUCCCUGCCGUGGCCACCAUCUCGGCCGCGCCCGCCAAGGCCACGGUGAAGGCCACGAAGGCACCCUCCUCGGAAGCCUCGGCUGGGGACUGCCGCCCGCCGCCGCCCUCUUCGGCCUCCUCGCCCUCUUGCUCCACCCCUUCCUCCUGGCUCUCUUCCCCUACCGCUUCUUCUCCUUCUUCUAGGGAUGACAGAGAGGGGAACAGGGAAGUAAGAAAAAGGGGAGUCGGUGGUGGAGGAGGAGGAGGAGGAGGAGGGGACGCAAGGCCGCCUCCUCCAGGGAAGGACGAUGAAGAGAUAAGCAUCCCUGGCGCGUCGGAGGAGGAGAGCCCUCAGGGUGUGCAGAGCGCGACGCCGCCGGAGAUAAAACACACCGAGCCCAUCUUCCUUCGCAGCCCACGGAGGGUGGAGGAGAACCUGGCCAUCUCGCACUCUUUCGUCAGGUUCCGCGAGGACGGGGGCGCGCCUAUCCCGCGCGGGCCCUCCUCGCCCGUGCUCAAGAAGAGCAGCCCGGCCGCCCAGGGGGACGAGCUGCAGGUCAGACUCAACGCGAUCCUCCGCUCCAGUCACCGCAGAAGCCGCGACAUGAGGCAGUCCUCGCUGUGCUCCUUCGAGGAGGACUACGCCGUGUCUCCACCUCCCCUCCAGUCCCCCUCCGCGUACCAGUACCAGCUGGCGUGCGACCGCCUCGAGCCGCCGAGGCCGCUGGAGACCACCGACUCCUGGAUGUACUUCAGGGAGCCAGCCUCGCCCCAGUUUUCUCUGAAAGCGGACGCGGUUGUGGACUGCUCCUCCUCCGUUCAGUCAUCCGCAGCCGCCCCCGCUGGAGGAGGCGGCGGCGGAGGAGGAGGAACGUGCACGCACACCCCGCCAGGGGGAUGUCCGGCUCCCCAGGCCGAGGACCAGCACCCGCAGGCGCACGUCCCUCUCUACGCCAAGCCUCCGAAAUACUCCAUCUUCACCAUAAGCGGCACUCUGACGGACCCCUUCGGGACCAACGCCAAGUACUCCCUAAGAAGCCUUUCCACGGCGCACUUCUAACGGAGGGAAGCCUAUGUGAGCUUCAGGAGGCCUGCACGAAGGGCAUUUACAUUUCAUAUUCAGAUUACCCGAGUAUAGGACUGCGUGCCAUUCUUGACAUCACGAAAAUCAUUAUAUUUUUGUAUUGUAUAAAGAAAAGAUGAGUAAGCAAUUGCAAACGCGUCAUAUUGAUCAGACAGUGCUACGAAACGAGUGAAAUUAACCCACAAGACACGCCGCAGCAAGAGAAUCAACUCCGAUUCCUCCCCUGGACGAGAUGAGAGGUGCCCUCCCUCCUCGGGCCUGGCCUCGCCAACCCUCUCGAGGCCUCUCAAGACGAACAGCUUCCGGACCAACGUUGCAAUUAUGCUGUUCACUCACACUUCGCGUUGCAGUCCCGAGUGAGGAAGUUGCAAAGGACCCUGUGAGCUUCUCGGAGACAGAAAAAGGGGAAACAAGCUUUACAAAUACAUAUUUAUUUUUCUUCGGACGCUGAAAAGUAAUCUAUAUUCACACGUUGAUAAAAAAGAAACUAUUUAACAUACCAGCGCACGUGGAAAUACACACAUAGUCGUUGAAAUAUAAAAGUGUAUGCCGAGCGUGGGUAAAUGUAGAUAAAUGAGAAAUACACACACACACACGCACAAACAAACACAGACACACACAAACACAA